AUGUUGCUCUACCACAGCUUGCUCAUAGCAUUGCUGCUGCUUGCUGAAGUGGUUCACAAUGCCGCUAACGCUCAAGACAACACCAAGGGAACCACUCGGGCGAACCACAAGCAUGCUCACAAGCGUAGAAAAUUUGCCGAAAAAUCUGAAGUGCAGGAUACAGAGCAUCUGGCGCUACAUUUACAGCACAGAAUCAAUAUCGAUCCGGAAAAAAUGACUGAGGAACAGAAACGAUUUCACUACUUCUCCAUUUACGACUUGGAUGGAAAUAGGAAAUUGGACGGUCUAGAGAUUAUGAAGUCGAUGUUUCAUGACCACGAUCAAGCAAAAUUGCCAACGAUGAAAGAUGAAGAGAUCGAAAAAAUGGUCGACGCCGCUUUAGAAGAUUUUGACAUAAAUGGCAAUGGUUUUAUUGAGUAUUCAGAAUAUCGCGCCAAAAUGCUGGAGUGAAGAGAGGUGUUGUUUUGAUGAAGUUUGUUGUUUAUCAUGUGAUUUCCAAUUCACAGGAGUAUUCCGUAAUGGUAAUUUAACUAAUGAAAAU